AGUUCCCUUUCAAAAAAAAAACAAUGUAAAUGAAUAAUCAAAUUUAAUGUAAAUGAAUAAUAUAGCAUAAUAUUUUAUAUAUAAUUUCUCACAACGAUCGAAAUAAUGUAAAAAUAGAUGUUGUCAGAACAUGUGAAAAUGAUAAGGGGGCUGGAAUGACUUUACUUCAAAUUUAUAAAACAUGAUUUUUGGUGUCGGGUUAGAGAACUAAAGAAACUUGCUUUUCAAUGACCUUAGGGACCAAAAUGCAAUUAGGCAUAUCUCAUGCUUGAAGUUGUAAUGUUGUAUGUAACCUUGGCUUGUCUCGUUGUGUGCAUGAGGAUGUUAUUGUUAUGUACACACACUCCACAUCCACACACCAAUCAAUAGAUUUCUUUUUCCAAUCUCCUCCCCAAAUCUGUAUACCCACCCCAUUACUGAUCACAUGCCCUGUUAACUCCCUCUUAAUCCCAACAAUUUCUUACACUCGUAGUCAACAAGGACGAUCGUGAUGAUGAUCCAAUCGGGUGUAGGAGGAGGAGGAGUAACGAGUAACAAGACCGCUGCCACCCGAUUUGCUUCUUUUAGUGCUUCUCAGAUCUUCGGCGGCUGCCACGAGCGGGACAUUCUUAUAAAGAAAACCAAUUCCUCUGUUCCAUUCGCUCACCGGAAAAUGUCUCAUUCCAACAUUACUGAUGGAGGAAGAAGAAGCAGCAGCAGUAGCUCAAGCCCGCAUGUUUUUUGCCCCAAAGCUGUUUCUGACUCUAGUUAUUCUCAGACCUGUCUCGACCCUGAUGCCAGCAACAGUGUGCUUGGAAUCAUUCUUGGUGGUGGAGCAGGGACUCGACUAUAUCCUCUUACAAAGAAAAGAGCCAAACCUGCUGUUCCUUUAGGAGCUAAUUACAGACUCAUCGAUAUACCUGUCAGCAAUUGCUUAAACAGCAACAUAUCAAAGAUAUAUGUUCUCACCCAAUUCAAUUCUGCAUCUCUUAAUCGACAUCUCUCAAGGGCAUAUGCAACCAACAUGGGUGGCUAUAAGAAUGAAGGUUUUGUUGAAGUCCUUGCAGCACAACAAAGCCCUGAGAAUCCUGAUUGGUUCCAGGGUACAGCUGAUGCUGUAAGGCAGUAUCUAUGGCUGCUUGAAGAACAAAAUGUGUUGGAAUAUCUGGUUCUUGCUGGUGAUCAUUUGUACAGAAUGGAUUAUGAAAAGUUUAUUCAAGCACACAGGGAAACUGACGCUGAUAUAACUGUGGCUGCUCUACCAAUGGAUGAAAAACGUGCCACUGCAUUUGGUCUAAUGAAGAUUGAUGAAGAAGGAAGGAUAAUUGAGUUUUCGGAAAAACCAAAGGGAGACAAAUUACAAGCAAUGAAGGUUGAUACUACGAUUUUAGGGCUCGAUGAUAAAAGAGCAAAAGAAAUGCCUUUUAUUGCAAGUAUGGGGAUAUAUGUUUUCAGUAAAAAUGUUAUGUUGGAUUUGCUUAGAGAGAAGUUUCCAGGAGCAAAUGACUUUGGAAGUGAAGUAAUUCCAGGCGCAACUUCCAUUGGGUUGAGGGUACAAGCAUACCUGUACGAUGGUUAUUGGGAAGAUAUUGGUACCAUUGAAGCUUUCUAUCAUGCAAAUCUUGGAAUCACCAAGAAGCCAGUUCCAGACUUCAGUUUUUAUGAUCGGACUGCUCCAAUAUAUACACAACCACGGUAUCUACCACCUUCAAAAAUGUUGGAUGCUGAUGUUACAAAUAGUGUCAUUGGUGAAGGUUGUGUGAUCAAGAAAUGUAAGAUUCAUCAUUCGGUAGUUGGUCUUCGGUCAUGCAUCUCUGAGGGUGUCAUUAUUGAAGACACUUUGCUCAUGGGAGCCGACUACUAUGAGACUGAUGCAGACAAAAGAGUGUUGGAAGCGAAGGGUGGGGUUCCUAUAGGCAUUGGAAAGAAUACACACAUCAAGAAAGCAAUAAUAGAUAAAAAUGCUCGUAUUGGGGAUAAUGUCCAGAUAAUAAACAAAAACAAUGUUGAAGAAGCAGCGAGGGAAACGAAUGGUUACUUCAUUAAGAGCGGAAUUGUAACGGUUAUGAAAGAUGCAGUCAUUCCAAGUGGCACCAUAAUAUGAAACACUACUUUAUCUUGUCAUCUUGUAUUUUGACUUUUUCUUUUUAUAUAGCAUUUUUUAAAAAAAAAAAAUAAAAUAAAAUCUUUCAUAUUAGUUGAUCAAAGCAUUUUACUAGUGGUACUAAUCCUAAGGAGUAGCAAAAUUGGAUCCCCGGUGAUAUACUUGUAGAAACUUUUAUUCAAUAAUGAUUACAACUCUAAAUAGGGUUUUGACAUUUCAUCUCUAUCACACAAAUAAAUACAAAAGGGCUAAAUGUAGAAAACAACAUUCUACUUUCUAAAAAUAUUUUUUUUC